UCAACGCAUUUUUCAGAUUCUAGAAAAGGUAGGGCGCAGGGCGGCUGGCCCCCGCAAGAGGAGAGACAUAGUCAGCUACUUCCCUAGCUGAACAGAUCAGCUAUCGCAAUCAGUUGAUGUCUUCAGAUGAGAUCUAACACUAAACUGAGCAUUAAGCUGGUUUUACGCUAAUUCGCCGUCGGUCGUCCAUAAACAAAAACCCUUACAAAAUGUCAGAGCCGUCGGUGGCCGACACUCGCCGGUUACAUUCCAAACCCCAGGACCUGAACGACGCUUACGGUCCCCCAAGCAAUUUCCUGGAAAUAGACGUUUAUGACCCACAAAUCGUCGGAGUUGGACGGAACCGGUACACAACUUACGAAGUUCGCAUGCGGACAAACCUUCCCAUUUUCAAACUGAAGGAUUCCUGUGUGAGAAGAAGAUACAGCGACUUUGAGUGGUUAAAGAAUGAGCUGGAAAGAGACAGUAAGAUUGUAGUACCAACUCUACCAAGCAAAGCCCUGAAGAGACAGUUGCCGUUCCGUGGGGAUGAGGGCCUUUUUGAGGAAGCUUUCAUUGAGGAGCGACGAUCGGGCCUGGAGCAGUUCAUCAACAAAAUUGCAGGUCACCCAUUGGCCCAGAAUGAGCGCUGUCUUCACAUGUUCCUGCAAGAGGAAAGCAUUGACCGUAACUACAUUCCUGGAAAAGUAUGAAUGAAGUAAGUUUUUAUGCUUUAUUACCGUAUAUCCUGACUCCAAGCGCUUUCUAGAGGGUUAAGGAGGUUGCAUGGGCACUAUAAGACCAAAGGCGAUAGUUCACAGAUACUUAAGCAACACAAUGCUCAUAUCAUGUAUAUGUUAUCACAGAGAUCUACCUGCAACGUGUUAACUUGUUAAUGUGGUCCCUGGUUGUCACAUAAAACAACCAGUUAUUCCCCCCCCCCCCCCCCCCCCCCCCCCAGUUCUCACUCGGCCAUAAGUUAAUCAGCUGUUUCUCAGUAACUGGUUUGCAGAGGUUUCCUUAAUCCACCCAUAUACAUCGAGUGGAAAACACAACCCCCCCUCCCACUAGUGUUUUUAUGAGUUAUGUGAACUAUUGUUUCAUUGGAAUAAGUACUGUACACCACCAAUGACAAGAGCACUCUUUUUUUUUUAUCAACAUGUCUAUUCAGACUAAUUCUGAUACAUUAUCAUUGUCUACUGCACUAAUCAUUUGCUGCAUGGCAAACUUUGCACGCUUGCUUUGCAAUAUGUGCAUGUCAGUCUCACUGACGACUUCUUUUAAAUACUUCUACAAUCACCAUCAUUUUUGUUCAACCUGUCCAAACAGAGCUUUAUUCCUUUAAAUUCAGUCGUUGUGUUUAUAUUGUCUGCAAGUACAUAAUGCCAUGUCCUGCGUUUUGAUGUUUAAUAAUGUUCUUUCUCUUGUAUCUGUCUAUCAUCAGUUAAGUUCAGUGGACACUUUGAUGUCUGAUGAACUGAAGCUGUUGAAUUUAAUAUCUUAUAACCGUCAUGUAAGAAAUACAAGGCAUUGAAUUUUCUGCACACUGGUCCCAUCCAAGUCUCCGAACACAAAGUCUGGCAAUAUCUUUCCAAGAAAUUGGCAUAAUGAUGUAAAAAGAAAUCCUCACUGCAUUAUGCUCAUUUGUUAAGUCUGUACUCCUCAGCUUGGCACACCACGUCAUUAAACUGCAUGCUGUCAUGUUAAGGUCACAGCUUCCUUCAUUUUCUUUACCUGCCUGGCUGACUGAACUAAAGACACAUUUCAGUCCAGAAAAACUGUUGUCACUAGGAUUACAGUACUUUAAAGGUGCACUAUGUAGGUUUUGUAGUGGAAUUUGAAAGUUGGAGAAGUGAAAAAUUCUAUGCUACAUUUUUUUAACUAAAUACACAAUAUAUAUAUAUAUAUUUUUUAAAAAGGGAUCCCUGGAACACUGUUUGGAGCUCAAAAGCUGGCUGUUGCGGUUUAACUGUUUCGGGACCCCCACCAUAACUUAUGGCGUAGCAUUUUAUCUUCAAACAUUGUUCCAGGGACCAAAAUUUCCUCUGAGGACAGUUUGUGUAUAGAGUUAUGAACAUAUACCACAUACUAUGUACACUUUUCACAUUUAAAUCUUUCACAAUUUCACAUUUCUCUACCAAAACUACAAAGUGCACCUGUAAUAGGGUUGGGGAUCUGAUGAUUGAACUGGCUUGAACAUGACCUGCACUUCAACUCCUGACUUUGCUCAGUUUAAAAACAGAACUGACCCCUACACUCAUCAUGAGUCAGAAUUUCCAGAUUUUGACCAGGGAUUAAUGACCCAAGUGUACAGCGGAAGUUUAGAGAGUCAUCCUUUCUGCUUCGUUGUCCUUUAAAGAAAAAGGAGUGAGCUGACUUUAAGAGAGCACAGAGUGUAACUCUCUAUCCAUUGUCUCUGAAUAUAUGAAGAUUGAAACUUUUCAAACAGGAGUCCUACACACACGCAUGGAAAGUUUGCAAAUGUGUGUUAAUUGAUCAUUUGAAAAAUUGUGUUCAAGCAGAGAUGGAAAUGGGGCUGUUGUACAGUUUGAACCCAAAGUGUUGUGAUAGUUUUUAUAAAAUAUGUUGUGAUACGUGCCAUUACAUUUAGUCAGUAAACUCUGUUCUAAGAGACUCACAGCAUUGACCAAAUGCACUUAAUUUUUGUUGUCUAUUGUUCCUAAUGUUUACUGUCUCUUUCUCUCUCUCAUCGCAAAGACAAUACAGACUGCUGCACCUGCCCCUUGUACAUUUAUUUCUACUUCACGUCAUUUAAAAAGCCAGUGGAAAUGCCUGAACUGACGAGUAUCGACAGUGUAACACAAAUAUUGCUCCCAGGACAAAACUAAGACAUCCAAUCUAUAAAUUGUUUGAUGUUGUGUCUUUAUUCAGUCAUUCCAAAUACUAUAUGUACAUGCUUUUGAUUUCAUAAUCAGUGAAAAGGAAAACAUUUUCAAUAUAUACUUUUUUGUCAUUUUAUUAAAGCUAGAUUUUUUUUUUCUCCAAUGAUUCUGUUUUAUGAAUGUCUUCUGAUUGAAGUUGAAAAUGAGGGUAAAUUCCUGCUUUGAUUGUUUAUUUUCUUUCCUUAGCCGAGAUGUUUCUUGAUGAUAACCUCCCAAAGUUGAGCAACAUGUAGCACCAUGAUAAAUACAGUUACCUGUCAUUCCACUUCAGUAUAUUUGACCCCGAGUUCUUCAGUAUGUCCUGAAAAAAAAGCUCUCAAUUGUUUGAACUCUGCUGUCUUAGUUGCAUCAUCAUGCCUACACUUUGGCUGUGCGUUGUCAAAUCAGCUAUUGGGAAUGUUUAGUUAGUGACAUAACCAUAUCCAAGCACUGUGACAAGAGAUUCAUUAUAUGAACAAGAUUCCAUCGUUUAUAGGCGUAAUCAGCAUCUGGUUAAAUCGAUCUGAAAUGAGGCUUAUUCUGUGCUUAUUUUCAGCUGGUUUCAUUCUUUCUAUCAACAUUUUUUUUUUGUGAUGUGUAUUAAUACCUUAUCAUUUCAGUUCCAUAUGGGAUGAUGAGGGACUUCCUUGUUAAUUCUUUCCAACAAUUAAAUUUCCUGCUGCCUGCUG